AUGGACCAAGCACAGGUCGAUCGUCUUGUCGUGUUUAAUGAGCUUGAGACCGGGCCCUUACAUCGGGUUCUAUUUGACUUUGAGAAUGAGGAAUUUCUUGUGGUGAUUUUGAAUUAUUUGCAGCCAAAUCAAAUAGUGGAAACGUUUGUGCAAACCUGCUCUAGCCUUGCUGGCCAACGAUUUGCGAAAGUCAAUGAUCUAUACGAGGCACAUGCAAAUAAAAGGCUGGAACUCGAAAUAGUCGAAGAUAAAUUACCCCCGUUGUCGGCUUGGACGCUUGCCACAGAUGGUGAAAAGAUAAUUGUGCCCACCAAAGAUCUGAAAUCCAACGACAUCGAUGGUUCCAAGUUCGUGCCUGUUGGGAUGAUUGUCACGGGCAAGGCUUCAAUCAAACAAGUGAUUAAGCAAGUGAGGUUCCUUCGAAAAGACGAACCGACCCCGUUUGUCACAGAUCAAUACGGUGAUUCUUAUAACGAGUCGUUCUACAAAGAGCCCCGCAUUAUCGAGAGUGUCCCGGCAACAGUAAUUAAGGUCGUUGGCGAUCUUCUAGACAUCGGCAAAGCCCGCUUCCAAAGCCAGGAUUUCUCAAUUGCGUUCAAAAAAUACCAAAAAGCUUUUCAUUAUCUCCACUCCUACUAUCCGGAGCAUCUCGAGCCUGAUCUUUUGAAAACUCUAACAGGAUACAAAAUACGAGCUCUUUUAAACCUCGCUCUCACUGCCAACAAACUCCAGGACUACAGAAAAGCCAUCGAAGCUGCCAAUUUUGUUUUGGAAAUGCCAGAAACAACCACCCAGCCAAGCACUCUGGCUAAGGCUUACUACCAGCUCGGGACAGCAGAGUUGGGCUUGGGAGAUGAGCUACGGGCGCAGCAACACUACGAAAUGUCGUAUGCAAACCAGCAGGAUCUAGCCACAAAAAAUGCAAUAGCCCUGUGCCAAAAGCGGGCCGCGUCUCGACGGGCCAAACAAAAAAAUGCCCUACUGAACGCCUUCUCCACAAAAAACUAA